ACGACCACACAAUGGACCUUUUCCGGGAUUCCGAUGUCGGCCUAGGCGAGCUACGCGGCGUGCUAGCGGCUAACUGAGGCGGAGACCGAAAGUGCUCACACCCCAACACUCAAACCAACCCAACGGGGGAAGGAUAUUUCAGGGGCGUCCUACAAUCUGACAUCACAAGCAGUGGACAAAUACAAAUCGGGAGGGACAAAAAAAAGUAAUAAAAAAACCAAAAAAAACUACCAUGCAUCAGACUCCUGCAGAUGUCUGUGUUUAAAAGCCAAACAAUGGGAGAGGAGGUCUACGUGCAAAGAAUCUGGAGGUGGGAGAGGUUUCUCCAUCCGGGCUUGGCCGCCUGCAGUGACACCGCAGUGACGUGCACAUGGCUUCUUUUUGGAAUGAGUUGAUUUUUUAUUUGAUUUUUUGUUGCCACAUUAACACACAAACUGAAAGAACGGAUCUAACAUGGACUUGGCUGGAGUUUUAUAAGUCCACAGGCGAGGUUCUGCCUUAUUUUUUUAAACCGUCAUAGUUUUCUUUGAUUUUGAAGAAAGAAACAAAAAAAGACAAUCAUUGUUGAGCUGCUUCAAAAAGUGUGGAAGCGUCCCGCUUGCAGCCAUCAACCAUCCUCACUUUCUUCCACCCACCCAGUGCCUAAAUAAGCCCCUUCGGGACAAUCACAGAAGUCAUCAGCAGCUGCUGUGCUCAAUCCCCUGCCUGUUUCUCCUCGAUGUGCUUCUGCUCUAUACCACCAGUCUUUAAUUUCCCUGCUCCCUUACGUUGAGAUCGAUUUAUUUUUUUCUGCAAAGCAGAUAAUCAGAACUCAAGCACAGCGAUUCGAAUUGAUUUGAGUUUUAAGUGUUUUGCAGAACUUGCUCAAGUUUGUGCAGCAGUGUUAUAGCACCUAAUAACAUUUUUGCACCAAACAAUACCAUUGAAGCCAUGCAAAAAUAUUUAUGAAUUUCCUACACUUAUUUUUGUAUCAUAUUGCUACCCCUGCUUUUUUACGCUUAAAUUAUAAUUCAGCACAGAACAUUUUAUAUUUAUGCAAGUCAAAGUGUAUUAUGUGAGAUAAAAAAAAUAUAUUUGAGUAAGUAUUGUAGUGCUGGGAAAUUGUUAGUAACAGUUUCCGUUCAUAUGCUGCUUAGCCUAGUGCUUAUUUUUGAAAUUAUAGCAAUGGCCUCUCCCAAAAAGACACAGUUUUUGUCAUUUUGACCCCCUAGAAGAGCUUUUAAAAUAGGUAGACAGUAGACACCUGGCUUGGUCUUUCUCCCUUUAUUCCGUCUCUGAUGCCGUGCGCCAACACCGGAGGUGUUGGGGGAGGAGCGGGCGGCCAAGUUUCUGCUCCUCCCCGCCCUUUCCGACCCAGCCGCUAUGUCCCGGUGUCUGCGGCCACCACCUUCCUGGUCGGAUCCACCUCCUUGUUCUUCUGCUUCACAUGCCCGUGGCUGUCUGAGUAUUUGUCCUCCGUCAUUCCCAUCUACAUGGCCGUGAUCUUCCUCUUCACCCUGGCCAACUUCUGCAUGGCCACCUUUAUGGAUCCUGGAAUCUUCCCUCGAGCGGAGGAGGAUGAGGAUAAAGAGGAUGAUUUCCGCGCUCCUCUCUACAAGACGGUGGAGAUCAAAGGCAUCCAGGUGCGCAUGAAGUGGUGCUCCACCUGUCGCUUCUACAGACCCCCGCGCUGCUCACACUGCUCGGUCUGUGACAACUGUGUGGAGGACUUCGACCACCACUGUCCCUGGGUGAACAACUGCAUCGGUCGACGCAACUACCGCUACUUCUUCCUCUUCCUGCUGUCCCUCACCACCCACAUUGUCAACGUGUUUGGCUUCGGGCUCGUUUACGUGCUGCACCAUCGCCAGCAACUCGACACGCCACACGCUAUUGUGACUAUGGUUGUGAUGUGCGUUGCUGGUAUGUUUUUUGUCCCAGUCGCCGGCCUGACCGGGUUCCAUAUUGUGCUUGUGGCACGGGGUCGCACCACAAAUGAACAGGUGACAGGAAAGUUUCGUGGAGGCGUUAAUCCCUUCACUAAUGGCUGCAUGAGGAAUAUUUCACAUGUACUUUGCAGCUCACUGGCACCGAGAUACACGGGUCGUUUCCGGAAGCCUCAGACAGUGGAAAUACAUCCUCCCUUCCUCAGGCCGGCCCUCACCGAGGCCCAGCUGGAAGCCAAGGUGCUGGACAACGGCAUUCAGAAUGACCGACACAGCACUAGAUCAAAGAGCAGUUUAGAUCAGAUGGAGAGCCAGUCGGCAGACACGGAGCCUCCGCCGCCGCCUCCCCCGAAGCCAGAGCUUCGCUACCCGGGGCUGCCUCGUGCCGACACCGAGGAAAGCAGCUUGUUGACAGAAGGUGUGCCCACACAGUCCAUGUACAAGUACCGGCCUGCGUACAACAGCCCAGGAAGAAACCACAGUGCCCACACACACGCUGGCAAGGUGAUCCGCGGCGAGAGUCUGGACUCUCCGUCUCCCUCCAUCCUCCACUCCAGCCGCCAUCCCAGCUACCGUUCGGAGCCCAGCAAACUGGACGGGACCACGGUGGCGUUGGGGGGCGGCGCGGGGGCGUUCAGAGGGGGAGGGGAGAGGGGCGAGGGCCCCGGGGGUUCAGGCAGGACCGUGGGCGGUGUGUCGGGUUACUCCCUGACCGCACGCUCCCACACCUCGUACCCGUCCUCUCUGGUUCUGUCCGCCGGCGGCUCCUACUCCUCCAGCCUGCGCUCGGCCCACAUGGCGCACAACCCCCUGGCCACCCUCCAAUCAGAAGGCACCACGGACACCAGCUACAAGAGCCUGGCCAAUCAGACCCCUCGCAACGGCAGUCUCUCCUACGACAGCCUGCUGACGCCGUCCGACAGCCCGGAGUUUGAGUCGGCGGCCCACGAGCUGUCGCCCCAGAAGCCUCGCGCCCCGCUGCCGGCGCUGGUCCGAGGCCAGCCUGACACGGCGCCCCCCGGCUCGCCGCUGCAGGGCUACACCUCCCCCUUCCUCUCGGCUCAGAUCGCCCAGCAGAGGGAGGGCCAUCUGCUCCAGGGUUCUGCCACUUUCUCCUCCCCCCACAGGGCCUACCUGCGCGCCGUCAGCCCGCCCCCUGCCUCCGGCCUCCCGGAGACCCAGCACCUGCUCCAGCAUAACCACGACUCCUCCUCCAGGGCCCCCCGUAACUCUGUGCCGUCGCCCUCCUCGCCUCCCAUCUCGCCGCCCCCGCGCGGCCUCUCCCUGGGCAAGUCCCAGUCGUACACCGGGGAGGCGGGGCCUCAGCACAAGCCUCGGGUGGCAGCGGCGCUGGGAGGGGGAGGAGCCGGAGGAGGGCUUCAGGCUCCACAGAUGUCCUCUCGCACAAUCUUGGCCAAUCACACGUCAUCUAAGCCGGGAGGCGGAGUGAAGAAGGUGACGGGCGUGGGAGGGACCACUUAUGAGAUAUCGGUUUGAUUGACAGCUGGAUAUUACAGACCUGACAUCCCGGUGCCGCUCGUUGGUUUUCCCAAAGACAAGUCCGACUCUCGGACGCUGGUUUCUUUUCCCUCAAGACACUUUUGCAGACGGGUUCUUCACAGAUGUUGUAUUCUCCACACUCCGGUCUGUGGAUGUCACAUUUGAAGGUGUGGACCAAGGAAGACUGACCUGUUCUACGGACCACACGACUUGUCGAAAGAAGCAACCGACCUAUGAAAAGACACAGUAUCCUUUUAGUUUUAUAAGUUUUGAAAUAUUCUUUUAUAUCAAUGUCAAAUCUUGCAGAUUAUUAUCGGGUCCUGUCAGGUAUCAAUGAGGGUGGAAAAUGUGUAUCAUUGUUUUUUUUUUUUUUGUAUGGUUAAUCGCCUGUUUAUAAUUGACGGCUGCAUCAGCCACUCCUGAGCUCUGGCAGGAAAUCCUCCAAAAGACGUGGCAAAGAAUGCUUUUAUUUUCCUAAAAGCCACAGAUGAAUGGACAAGCGGGAGGCGUGUCGUCGGAAUGUGCUGGAGGCGUUAUGCAAACUCACUCGUGUAGCUUUAAGAUCCGUGUUUGUUGUUUUGAUGAUCGCAGAACCUUUUUAAUCCUCUUCAGCCAAUUAGUGUCAGCGAGGGAUGGGCUUAUUUAUUUUACCUUUCAUACAAGAAAAAGAAAAGUAGAUCCGAGGAAACAUUUCAAAGCAGUCUUUUGUUUUGUUUUCAAGGUUUGGAAUUUCUAAUGAGCUUCUUGUGAUUAUCGAUGUUUUAGUGACUGGUUUGUAACGCCGGUCCUGAUUUAUGUUUGCUUCCUUUCCAGCAUUUAGCGUAGAGCAGGCACAUUUUUGCUUUUUGUUUCUAUUGUUUUUCCACUUUCCUGGCAUAUUGUGUACAGUAGGUCUGAUUUUCACAUGAAAUGGCAAAAGGUACAAGUGACUUUAUUUGAAACCCACAGCCAUGUUAAGCAGGAAAGGACAAAACACUCAAGUUCAUUUUCCAAUUGAGCCUCGCACUAAAUUCUACUCUUGCCUUAAAUCAGGGGUGUCAAACUCAUUUUCAUUGAGGGCCACAUCGCAGUAAUGGCCGCUUUUUUAAAAUUUAAUUUACAUUAUGCAUGUGGGUAAUAACCUAUGAUUAAUCAUGAUUAAUCAAAAUGCAUAUGCAUUUAUUUGAUUUUUUUUUGUAUGUAUAACUUGCUUCAAAAUCAUAAUAAAUUUACAUUAUGCAUGCGGGUAAUAUCCUGUGAUUAAUCAUUAAUAAUUGAAAUGCAUAUUGCAUUUAUUAGAGUUUUUUAUGUAUAACUUUCUUUAAAAUCAUAAUAAAUUUACAUUAUGCAUGCGGGUAAUAACCUGUGAUUAAUCAUGAUUAAUUGAAAUGCACAUCCAAUUGCUAUUGGCUGUUAAAACUCUCAAAACCGGUUAAAUACAUGUAGCGCUGAAUUUGACCAUAAAUCCAUAUUGCAUUUCGAUUAAUCACGAUUAAUUGAUUAAUCAUGAUUAAUCGAAAUGCAUAUGGAUUUAUUAGAUUUUUUAUGUAUAACUUUCUUUAAAAUCAUAAUAAAUGUACAUCAUGCAUGCGGGUAAUAACCUGUGAUUAAUCAUGAUUAAUAGAAAUGCAUAUUGCGUUAAUUAGAUUUUUUUAUGUAUAACCUGCUUUAAAAUCAUAAUAAAUUUACAUUAUGCAUGCGGGUAAUAACCUGUGAUUAAUCAUGAUUAAUCGAAAUGCAUAUUGCAUUUAUUAGAUUUUUUUAUGCAUAACUUUCUUUAAAAUCAUAAUAAAUUUACAUUAUGCAUGCGGGUAAUAACCUGUGAUUAAUCAUGAUUAAUUGAAAUGCACAUCCAUUUGCUUUUGGCUGUUAAAACUCUCAAACUCGGUUAAAUACAUGUAGCGCUGAAUUUGACCAUAAAUCCAUAUGCAUUUCGAUUAAUCAUGAUUAAUCGAUUAAUAAAUAAUGAUAAAUGGGUUAUACUUGUAUAGCGCUUUUCUACCUUCAAGGUACUCAAAGCGCUUUGGCAGUAUUUCCACAUUCACCCAUUCACACACUGAUGGCGCGAGCUGCCAUGCAAGGCGCUAACCAGCAGCCAUCAGGAGCAAGGGGUGAAGUGUCUUGCCCACAACGGACGUGACUAGGAUGGUAGAAGGUGGGGAUUGAACCCCAGUAACCAGCAACACUCCGAUUGCUGGCACGGCCACUCUACCCACUUCACCACGUAAUCAUGAUUAAUCGAAAUGCAUAUGGACUUAUUAGAUUUUUUUUAAUGUAUAACUUGCUUUAAAAUCAUAAUCAAAUUACAUUACGCAUGCGGGUAAUAACCUGUGAUUAAUCGAAAUGCACAUCCAUUUGCUUUUGGCUGUUAAAACUCUCAAAACCGGUUAAAUACAUGUAGCGCUGAAUUUGACCAUACAUCCAUUUUGAUUAAUCGAUUAAUCAUGAUUAAUAAAAAAGGCAUAUGGAUUUAUUAGAUUUUUUUUAUGUAUAACUUGCUUUCAAAUCAUAAUAAAUUUACAUUACGCAUGCGGGUAAUAACCUGUGAUUAAUCAUGAUUAAUCGAAAUGCAUAUUGCAUUUAUUAGUUAUUUAUGUAUAACUUUCUUUAAAAUCAUAAUUAAUUUACAUUAUGCAUGCGGGUAAUAACUUGUGAUUAAUCAUGAUUAAUUGAAAUGCACAUCCAUUUGCUUUUGGCUGUUAAAACUCUCAAAACCGGUUAAAUACAUGUAGCGCUGAAUUUGACCAUAAAUCCAUAUUGCAUUUCGAUUAAUCACGAUUAAUCAUGAUUAAUUGAUUAAUCGUGAUUAAUCGAAAUGCAUAUGGAUUUAUUCGAUUUUUAAAUGUAUAACUUGCUUUAAAAUAAUAAUACAUUUACAUUACGCAUGCGGGUAAUAACCUGUGAUUAAUCAUGAUUAAUCGAAAUGCAUAUUGCAUUUAUUAGAUUUUUUAUGUAUAACCUGCUUUGAAAUCAUAAUAAAUUUACAUUAUGCAUGCAGGUAAUAACCUGUCAUUAAUCAUGAUUAAUUGAAAUGCACAUCCAUUUGCUUUUGGCUGUUAAAACUCUCAUAACCGGUUAAAUACAUGUAGCGCUGAAUUCGACUAUAAAUCCAUAUGUGUGAUUUGAUUAAUCAUGAUUAAUCGAUUAAUCAUGAUUAAUCGAAAUGCAUAUGGAUUUAUUCGAUUUUUUUUUUUUUUGUAUAACUUGCUUUAAAAUCAUAAUAAAUUUACAUUAUGCAUGCGGGUAAUAACCUGUGAUUAAUCAUGAUUAAUAGAAAUGCAUAUUGCAUUAGAUUUUUUAUGUAUAACUGGCUUUAAAAUCAUAAAUAAAGGUGACAAGCAGUUGUUUAACUAUUUGUUUUUAUCUCACAAAAAUAGUUUUGCAAUACAGUAUAUAAUAAUUGGCAUGAUC